UGCCACUUCGUGUUGCCGGCGGGGCCGGGGCCCGAGCUGGCCCGGGAGUACCUGCAGCUGGCGGACGACGGGCUGGUGGCCCUGGACUGGGUCGUGGGACCUUGCGCCCGGGGCCGCCGAGCGACCAGCGCCGGGGCCCUUCCGGCGGUGCUGCUGGUGAUCCCCAAUGCGUGGGGGCGCCUCACCCGCAACGUGCUCGGCCUCUGCCUGCUCGCGCUGGAGCGCGGCUACUACCCGGUCAUCUUCCACCGCCGCGGCCACCACGGCUGCCCGCUGGUCAGCCCCCGGCUGCAGCCUUUCGGGGACCCUUCCGAUCUCAAGGAGGCCGUCACCUACAUCCGCUUCCGACACCCGGCGGCCCCGCUGUUCGCGGUGAGCGAGGGCUCGGGCUCGGCGCUGCUGCUGUCCUACCUGGGCGAGUGCGGCUCCUCCAGCUACGUGACGGGCGCCGCCUGCAUCUCCCCGGUGCUGCGCUGCCGCGAGUGGUUCGAGGCCGGCCUGCCCUGGCCCUACGAGCGCGGCUUCCUGCUCCACCAGAAGAUCGCGCUCAGCAGGUACGCCACGGCCCUGGAGGACACCGUGGACACCCGCAAACUGUUCAGGAGCCGCUCCCUGCGGGAGUUUGAGGAGACCCUCUUCUGCCACACCAAGAGUUUCCCCAUCAGUUGGGACACCUACUGGGACCACAACGACCCCCUCCGGGAUGUGGACGAGGCAGCUGUGCCCGUGCUGUGUAUCUGUAGUGCCGAUGACCCGGUGUGCGGGCCCCCAGACCACUUUCUGCCCACUGAGCUCUUUCAUAGCAACCCGUACUUCUUCCUCCUGCUCAGUUCCCGUGGCGGCCACUGUGGCUUCCUGCGCCAGGAGCCUUUGCCAGCGUGGAGCCACGAGGUCAUCUUGGAGUACUUGCGGGCCUUGACUGACUUCUUCCGAACAGAAGAGAGAAUGAAGGGGCUGAGCAAGCACCGAGCUUCAUUCCUAGGGGGCCGGCGUCGCUGGGGAGCCCUGCAGAAGCGGGAGGUCUCGCCCUCUGCCAGUCUGGAUGAGAUCUUUAGCUGGAAGCGAUCCUAUACAAGGUGA